AUGUUCGGGAAUUCUUGGAAAUUAAACUUUGCAAAACUUCCGAGGAUUCGCUGGAGCACUCGGUCUUCCUCGAGUAAUCUUCAAUACCGCAGAUUCAACAAUCGUCAAUCCACCAACUUUUUGAACUUACUGUCAGAUCCGAAGGCGAGAAAAUAUAUUGCAUUGACAGCUGGUGUGGGUGCUCUUUUCUACGUCACUCACCUGGAGGAAGCACCUGUUAGUGGCCGGUUGAGAUUUAUCUGGCUUCCCCGAUCACUAGAGCUGAAAAUCGCCAAUUACUCCUACAAUUCAGUCCUCAGAGAUACCCAGGGUUCAAUUCUACCAUCAAACAAUCCUUUGACAAUAAAAGUGACCAAAAUCUUCCGUCAAAUCGUGGAAGCAGCUGCCAAAGAUCCCAGUAUCGACAAAGAGUUGCUCCACGGCAUAAAUUGGGAAGUGCAUAUCGUAGACGAUCCCAGGGCUCCACCAAAUGCAUUCGUUCUUCCUGGCGGUAAAGUUUUCGUGUUCAGCAGCAUUUUGAACAUUUGCAAGAAUGAUGACGGAAUUGCCACAUUGUUGUCCCAUGAAUUUGCUCAUCAAUUGGCCAGGCAUACUGCGGAGAAUCUUUCCAAAGCCCCCAUUUACUCUCUAUUGGGUGUAAUCCUUUACACAGUAACUGGUGCAGACGUGUUCAACCGCCUGAUUUUGGACAGUUUCCUCAAAAUGCCCGCAUCUCGUCAAAUGGAAACGGAAGCCGAUCACAUCGGACUUAUGGUCAUGUCUAGAGCAUGCUUCAAAACAGAAGAAGCAAUACAUUUGUGGGAGCGCAUGGCUCAGUUUGAACAAAAAAUGAAAGGCGCAGGUCGUUUUGCUCCUGAGUUUCUCAGUACACAUCCCGCCAGCGAGCGAAGGAUAGAAAACAUGAAAGCGUGGAUGCCUAGUGCACUAGAAUUACGUUCGCAAUCCAACUGCGGUGCAACGGGAGGAUUUUACGAUGAUUUUCAAAACUUUUUCGGUGGACAUGGGCGCAAGUCGGGCCAAUUCGCCCCUUUGGGGGAAGUUGCUUCUAUAUUUUAA